UCUUCUCCCAAGAAAAAGAAUCCAAAUUCUUUCAACUUUAUUUCGUCGUCGCUCUUCUUUUCACGUUGGAUUGAUUGUCUCUAAAAGAGGAGGGACUGAGAAAGAAAUGGUUUCCUUAAAACUGCAGAAAAGACUUGCAGCGUCUGUUCUUCACUGUGGGAAAAGAAAAGUAUGGCUGGAUCCUAAUGAAACGAGUGAAAUAUCUAUGGCCAACUCACGGCAAAAUAUUCGUAAACUUGUCAAGGAUGGAUUCGUCAUUCGAAAACCAGUGGUGGUGCACUCAAAAGCAAGAUUUCGACUCCGUUUGGAGGCUAAAAGAAAGGGAAGACAUAGGGGACCCGGAAAGAGGAAGGGUACAAGAAACGCCCGUUUGCCUCAAAAGACCGUAUGGAUUCACAGAAUCAGGGUUCUUCGCAGGUUGUUGAAGAAAUAUCGUGACCAGAACAAAAUAGACAAACAUCUGUAUCGAGAAAUGUAUCUGCGUUGCAAAGGAAACGUCUUUAAAAACAAGAGAGUAUUGAUGGAGGCCAUUCAUAAGGAGCAAGCGGAAAAAGUUCGCGAAAAGGCUGCUCAAGAACAAUUGGAGGCUAAGAAGGAGAAGGAGAAGGUUUUGAAAGAGAAGAAAGCUGUCAAGGGUGCAAGACAGGGACUCUUAGAAAGUAAGGCCUCAAAAAGAAGUGCACAAAAGUAACUCUCUCGUGUUGAAGAGUGCAAUAAACAUACAUAUCCUCAAAGCAUUAUGGA